AACUCUCAACAAGUACUGAAAGUCAGACAAUAAGUCUCCCAUUGUUCAAAAUUCAAACAUCCGUUCCCCUCAUCAGUUGCCAGAAACCCUAAUUCCUCUUUUUAGGGAAAAUCAAAACUCCAGUGGAUAGUUGCAAAUCUGUCCAGAGGUAUGAGGAAUAGAGACGACUAUAGAUUUCUUAGACUUACUGAUGCAAUGUCUGCAUUUAAUCAGAGAGUUAAUUUAAUCGGCAUUAUUGCGGAGUACGGCACUCCAACUCGAAGCAAAGGGACUGAUUGGUUUUGCUGUUUGAGAAUUGUGGACGAGUCACAUAAUAUCUAUGGCCUUUUGGUUAAUCUUUUUGGUGCAACUCAAGAGAAGCUUCCUCAGGUUCAGGCAUCUGGGGACAUUAUCCUUCUUUCCCAAGUUGUGAUGAAAACUCAUAAUUUGGAAACCUAUGCCCUUUUCAACAAAAAGUUCUCAUCAUUUGCCUUGUAUGAGGGAAAAUAUGGUGUAAGCCAUAAUCCUUAUCAAGUUUCCUCCAACUUUCGGCCGAGAUCCCAAGACAUGAUAUUUGUAGAUGGUUUAAGAAAGUGGGUAAACAAUUUCCAGCUUGAAACAGUUUCAAAGCAAUCUAUUUUGUUAAGGCAACUCAAGGAAGGAGAACAUCUUGAUCUUGUCUGCAAGAUUUUGCACAUCUAUCAAGCUAAUCAAGAUGAGUGGAUGCUGUUUGUUUGGGACGGAAGCGAUGCUCCGCCGCUUCAACUUCAUUCAGACAGGCUAAAGACUGAAAAGGAAAAUGCACUUCCGCUGCAAUUGGAACCUCAACCUUUGGUCAGGGAUACCUUGUGUAGCUUUCCAGCUGUUGGGACAAUAUUGAGAGUUUAUGUUGAUGAAAAAAAUGUGAAAUUUAAUAUUGCUUCGCUUACUGCUGGGAGAUGGGUAAAAUUUGUCAACCUAACGUUUAAAGCUCAUGAAGGAUUGUGGUGUGGUGUCCUUACUUCAUCAACUAAAGUUCGUUUUGUACCCAAUGAAGACCUCAUUAUAUUAGAGCGUCAAAGAGAUUUCAAGAAAAGAUUGAAUUCAAAGUUAGAUCGGAUGCCAUUUACAAGCUUUCCAUGGCCUUAUCGUGUUACAGAAGUUGAUGAAGUUGAAGACGUGCCUCUUUUCACACUAAUGGAUAUUUUGACAUAUUCACAGGUGACUGCAAAAUUCAAGUGUAUAGUAAGAGUUGUAGCAGCGCUUCCAUGGACAAUUGAGGACUUUCGGUCUCCUGAUGGAACCUACCGUAUCCGGCUUACUUUGGAGGACCCUACUGCUAGAAUUCAUGCUUUUCUGUAUGCUGAUGAUGGGGAAGUGUUUUUCGAAGGACAUCCUCCGAAGGACGCAUUGGUUCGGAAAUGGAAUACAUUGCUUGGAGUCGUUGAAGUCGAUAGUGGUGAUGUAAUAGAGUAUGCUCCGAGAAAUCCCCCAUGGAUUCUUUGUUGUAUCAAAUCAUAUUAUGUUGACAAAAGUGAUGUCUGGGGAAGCCGGAAGUACCGGAUCUUCAAUACUAAGCUUGUAUGCUGAAGCUUGCAGUUAUUCUAACCAAGAUUACUGUUCUACUGUAUUAUUCUUUUUUAGGGCACAAUUUACCUUGAUAGUUGUGGAUUUUGUAGAGUGUAAAUAAAAACAGCUAACCUUAAUUUAGUGUUAUGUAAAAAAAUACACUAGCUAAUGAGUUAUGCUGAUCUGAGAUCAAGGGCUAAUUACAGAUUACUCGUUUGACGUUAGUUUGUUCAUUUACAAAAAUGCAGAGUUUCUUCACAAGCCUGAA